GCCACGUGAGAGGUCGGUCUUCCCCUUGAAGGUACUGUACUACUGUUCUGCAGAUAUUCGAAUUGUGAUAGCGGUAAUGGCUACCACACGCAUAGCAGCUACUGGUAUGUACCUGCGCACACCAACACUCUCCUCCUUCACGCGCACCACGCGCCGCCGCUUAUCACCCACUGUUUUCCCUUCAAAGUUUCCACUUCAACUUCGAGCUUUUUCUACCGCUUCGCCUAUCGUUGACCCCAAGCCCACGGAUUCCAUUGUAGUUGAUGACAAGGAAGUUCGCCGAAGCAGUAACUCCUUGGCUUGCCCUGUUUGUUUUGAUUCCUUGACAUGGACUGGUGAUUCUGGUUUAUCCGUAGAUAGUAUCCCUGUAUCAUCUUUGCAAUGUAGCACCUGUCAGAAAACAUAUGUUGGUAACCAAACACAUCUUGACCUCACGGCAACUAGUGGAGCUAAGAAUUAUGGUGAUCUGAUGCCAGCUUCCACAGAGCUUUUCAGGGUGCCAUUGAUUUCAUUUCUCUAUGAGAGGGGUUGGCGUCAAACAUUUUCUGUAUGGGGUGGUUUCCCAGGUCCUGAGAAAGAGUUUGAACUGAUGAAGGGUUUCCUAAAUCCAGUAUUGGGUGGAAAUAUCAUUGAUGCUAGUUGUGCAAGUGGAUUAUUUUCAAGAUUAUUUGCAAAAAGUGGACUAUUUUCCUUGGUUGUUGCUCUAGAUUACUCAGAAAACAUGUUGGCACAAUGUUAUGAGUUCAUUCAGCAGGAAGACAACUUUCCAAAAGAGAACUUCAUCUUGGUAAGAGCAGACAUAGCAAGACUCCCUUUUGUUACAAGUUCUGUUGAUGCUGUGCAUGCAGGAGCAGCUCUUCACUGUUGGCCUUCACCAUCAGCAGCUGUUGCUGAAAUAAGUCGUGUUUUACGACCUGGAGGUGUCUUUGUCGCCACCACCUACAUACUCGAUGGGCCUUUUACUUUUGUCCCAUUUUUAAGCACGGUGCGCCAGAAUAUAAGGCAAGCAUCUGGGAGCUACAUAUUUCUCUCUGAACGUGAACUUGAAGAUCUCUGCAGGGCAUGUGGGCUGGUUGGGUUUAAAUGCAUUAGAAAUGGCCCUUUUGUGAUGAUUUCUGCUGCAAAGCCUGAAUAAGGUUCGAUUUCUCUGGUGCUAUUGAUGCUACCUUCAAUACAUACUUUACAGAACAUCUUUUUUGCAUACUCAAUUUACUUAAAUAGUUAUAGGCAGGAGGCUUCGAUUAGAGAAAUAAUGCUUAUAGUUAUAUAUACUUGUUUUCCUAAGAUUACUUACAUAUCAUGAGUUGGACAGAUCACCCCUAUACAUGUAAAAACUCAAGGGUUACACAGAUGGUGAAGAGGAAAUGUCAUAUGUAAUUUAUUCAUUUGAUAUUUCAACUUUCUUGUCCUUUUGCAUUUGAUUCAUAUAUCACAAACUCAUCAAGUUCUGUCACUAA